AUGGUCGUUAUAAAACUCAAAUCAAUUAAAAAAAAAGUUAAUUCUACACCGACUUCUCAGUUAACCAACAAUUUUUUAUUAGUUAAUAAGGCUGUAACUUUUUCUGUUGUCAGAAGGGUUGUGUGGUAUCCUGUGGUGCCAUUCGUAUCUCAAUUUUUUUAUUCUUUCACUCAAACUUAUGCUUACGUUAAUCACAAAUUCUCUUAUACUCUAUUAUUGUUUAGCUUUCUUGGUGCGUCACUUCAAGGAUUACUGAAUGCCUUAGCAUUUUCUCAGGACACUGCUGUCAUUCAUGCUUUUAUGGCUACUAAAUUACGAUGGUGGAUCUACAUUGUUAACUCUUAUGAGUCUCAAUAUCCUCAUCUAUCUCACAACAAAGCCAUUACUUAUGAAUUUAGCACACUAGGAAAAUCUAUUGCUGAAUCAAAAACUCUAAAUUACAAUAAGGCUGAUAGCAUUAAAAAAAAUAUUAUCAAUCAAGAUAUUAAUAACAUAAUUAAUAAUGACAACAAGAAUAAUCCUAUUAAUAAUGGUGUUAUUAAUACCAAUAAUAAUAAUUUAGCUUUACAACCUUCUUUUUUAGAAUGGUUAAAAUACAUGUUGUUGAUUAAACUUUUCUCAGCUCCAGAAGAUUCACCUCGAUUAAUUUCACCCAAACUUUUAUUGAAGAUCGAUUCACCUGCUGAAAAUAUGCAAAUGCACCGUUCAAUACAAGAAAUAAUUCAUGACAAUCAAAAUAAUGAAAUAAUUCAUAACGAUAAAGAUAAUUAUUUAAUUCAUCCUGAACCUAUCCAUUCAAAACAGGCUUCCCCUUUAGAUGUAUCAUCUAAUUGUUUAAAUCAAGAAACAUCAUUUAAUCUCUUGAUAGGCAGUUCUAAUCAAAAUAAUAUCAGUAAUGUAAAUAAUAAACGCGUCGCAAACCGUACGAUCGAUGAAGAAGAAGAGCAGAUUGAUGCUAUAGUUGUUAAUCCUGAGCAAACAAAAAAUGUAACAGAGGCAUCUUUAAAAAGGAUUAGCUCAGAUACUGAUUUAUCUCAAGAAAUUGAAAUAUCUAUGCAAAUUGUAAAAAGGCUAUAA